UGAUGAAGUAAUGGGUUACUGGGUAUAUCAGCCAUUCACUGACCGUCAAGACAGCAUGCCUGAGCAGAUAUGUCCGUAGCACAAUGCUAGAGCCCGGCGGAUGUGAUGCAUCUAGACACAAAUAGCCUCGGAUUGUACCAUGGCAGUGUGCCUGGAAGCCCCCAGCCACGCGUUCGCUCCCACGACGAAGGCGAAGCUAAACCCGUCGAUAUGCCCAUUCAGGAACCUCAGGCGCAAAGACGGGCGGUCGCCAACGUCCACCGUGCAAAGAUGACUGUUGGUAACGCGAACGCCUCCGCACGAAUGAGUCGUGCACAGCCCCGCCUUAAGCCGACACAGCUGGCGCGCCACUGGCCUGCAAGGGGCCAAAUUCCGCCUCAUACGGCGCAACGGAAAGCGCGUCGAUAGGGGCGACCGGCGUCGGGCUGACAGGACAUGAAGACAGAACAGGCGUCUCCCCGACCACCGCAGCGCGAGAUGCCCAUCGAAGAAGGGGUCGAGCAGAAUGCAACUAGCGUACUCACACAUGCCCGAUCGUUACGUUCCCUGGUGCAGCCGUGCACGGCUCCAGGGAAGACAGCAGCGUAGAGAGCCCGCGAGCCAUGUUGCAGAUGAGUAUCCGACUUUGCCGGGGCCAGCGUCCUAGCGUCCCGCGAGCGUCGAGCGUCGAGUCGAGGCGACGAACGGCGGCGAUCAAGCACGGAGCGUACUCGAGGGUCGGUCGAGCGCGGCGAAAGUGUGAGGGUGCGAGAUGGAGGCAAGCCAGCAACCAGCAACGAGUGGCGAGAAGACGGGGGUAGAGGCGAGCACGUAUGCAGAUAAGCUUCCGCCGGAUUGUACUGGCAGCGCGAGGACAGGACACACGGGAAACGUCGCAGUCGUGAUUGCGGUCGCGGGGGAAUGCGUAUGUCACUGUGUGUAUGCGCACACGGAAUCGGGUGUGGCGUACUGCGUCCGAGCCGUGGUGGUAUACCGGGCGGAUCCUGUGACCGGUGCGAUGGCCCUCGGAGUCAGUUGACUUUGUGGUGGGCGCAGAUGGGCGAGUGCGACUUGCGCAAUAAAGACGACGAGGUAAGACGAGAAGUUAACGCUACGGAGAGCGAGGUGCGCAACACACGGGAGG